AUGAACACACCCACAGCAGCUCGCCAGCUACUCCGCAGCAGCGUCCCCCGUCUCGCGCCGCGCGUCUGCGCCGUCCGACAACAGACUCGACAACUCAGCAAACAGGAAGACCUCGGCGGCCCAGGCGGCCAGGAGCCGCCACCUCAGAAGCCCGCCGGCCCCGAGGCUUUCAAGCGAAACGCUCCUCUAUAUGCCGGCAUCGGCCUCGUUGCUAUUGCCGUGUACGCCUACCUGACGCAGCCCAAGGAGUCGCAAAAGGUGGCCGGCAAGGCCAUUUACGCGGGCGAAAAGGCAAAGGACGCCGCCAAAAGGGAGCUGGGCAACACAAAGGAGGAAAUGGUGAGCGGCAUGCAAAAGAUGAGCGGCAGAGGCACAGAUGGUCAAAAGGGGUUUCGAUCAGAGUAA